AUGGGGAAGUUCCCCAUGAUCCUACUGCCUGUGUUCGCUAUUGCCGUGGCAGGGCAUACCCCGACAGAACCAGAAUUUUCCGCGACCUCGUCAGAACCGGGACGCAUUCUCCCAGACUGGACGAUGGCACGACUUCGCUACGACGGCUGCAGGAUCCAUGCGGAGUUUGAACCGAAGGAUUUGUCUGGUAGGAUGUGUGAACAGAAGGGGGAACUGACUGACAUUGACAACAAGACCCAGUCGGUACUGAACUUCCAACUUGCGGGGACUGAAGCGCCAUCACUGCAGUCCUGUCCAGAUGGCUACUCCAAGUACGACAGGAAAUGCUACAAGUUCUCAACUGACAAAAUGGCGUUUAAGGCAGCCAAAGAUGCUUGUCAACGGGAUGGCGGAAUGUUAGCAACCAUCGAUGCCCAAGACACCAACGACCUGGUUGUGAAGGAAAUGAGGGCUGGCGGAGAUUCGUACUGGAUUGGUCUGAAUGACGUACGGGAGGAAGGGAGCUUCGUGUGGAGUGAUGAGGCGAAAUCUCCUGCCGUGUACACGAACUGGCACCCGGACCAACCUGACAACGGUGGCGGGGAGGAUUGUGUAGAAAUGACGAAGAACCAAGACUGGAAUGACCUACCUUGUUCAUCAAAGUUGAACUUCAUUUGCGAAAAAGAAAAGACUCAGUUGACGUGCCCGCCUCUGUACGGAGUGAAUUCGUUUAGAGGCAAGUGUUAUAGAUACUCUGUGCGAAGAGUGACCUUCAACGAGGCUAAGACCAUCUGCGGGACAGAAGGGGGUCGACUUGCUGUCCUCAAGGACCAAGCAACAGACGUCUUCAUCAGGAAGAGAAUCAGGAGUUUGCCCCACCGACGUGUUCUCAACUACUGGAUCGGUCUAAGUGACGACCAGGAGGAGGGGACGUUUGUGUGGAGUGAUGGAACCGAACUGACUGCAUCUGGUUACACGCACUGGAGCCAAGGCAAGCCCGACAACGCUGAAGUUGAACGCGGCGAAGACUGUGUGGAGAUCCGUCAGGACAUGAACUACACCUGGAAUGAUGUGGACUGUGGGGAGAAACGACGCUUUGUCUGUGAAAAAGGCCACGAACAACUUCACACCACGCCCGGGCCGCACGACUGCGCGUGGCUGGAUCAGGAGCUGCAGAAACAGACCCAGGACAUCGCAGAGCUCACAGCUCAACUUCAACAGAAGGAGGAGGAGAUCAAAUACCUUUCUACUGAACUUCAACUGAGGGAGGAGGAUAUCCAACACCUUUCUACUGCACUUCAACUGGGGGAGGAGGGUAUCCAAGACCUUUCUACUCGACUUCAACAGAAGGAGGGGGAGAUCCAAGACCUUUCUACUCGACUUCAACAGAAGGAGGAGGAGAUCCAAGACCUUUCUACUCGACUUCAACAGAAGGAGGAGGAGAUCCAAGACCUUUCUACUGGACUUCAACAGAAGGAGGGGGAGAUCCAAGACCUUUCUACUGGACUUGAACAGAAGGAGGAGGAGAUCCAAGACCUUUCUACUGGACUUCAACAGAAGGAGGAGGAGAUUCAACAGAAGGAGAGAGAGAUCCAACAGGAGGAGGAGAUCCAAGACCUUUCUACUCGACUUCAACAGAAGGAGGAGGAGGUCCAAGCCCUUACAACUCAACUUCAACAGCCUUCACCAGGUGUCGAGGCAGUGACGCCAUCAGAAGGCCACGAACAACUUCACACCACGCCCGGGCCGCACGGCUGUGCGUGGCUGGACCAGGAGCUACAGGAGAAAGAUAGAGAGCUUCAGGAACAGACACAGGACAUCGCAGAGCUCACAGCCCGACUUCAACAGAGGGAAUGGCUUAUUAGACGGUUGCGGGGGGAGAUCAAAGAGCUUUCAACUCGACUCGAAGAGAAGGAAGUGGAGAUCCAACACCUUUAUACUGAGCUUAUACCCGUGAUGGAGGGGGAGAUCAGAGAGCUUUCAGCUCGACUCCAACAGAAGGAGGGGGAGAUCCAAGACCUUUCUACUCGACUUCAACAGAAGGAGGAGGCGGUCCAAGCCCUUACAACUCAACCUCAACAGCCUUCACCAGGUGUCGAGGCAGUGACGCCAUCAGAAGAAAACUGCCAGUUGGAGAAUGGGGCAUCCUACCGAGGAAACGUCGCUGUGACUAAAACAGGGAGGACGUGUCAACGCUGGGACAGUCAGACACCUCAUCAACACGACAGGACGCCCGCUAACUUCCCGUCAUCCGGACUGGAGGAGAACUACUGCCGGAAUCCUGACGGCGAACCCGGAGUUUGGUGCUACACCGGGGAUCCCGGCAAGAGAUUUGAGCUGUGUGCCGUGCCAACCUGUGACCGUAAGCUGAGAGAUGUUAGCUAGAGUUUAGUGUUGGUGAU